AUGUCGGAAACUAAUAGUAGUCAAGAUCAGGUAAGUUCUAUAGUCAGUUCUGUAAUUUCUUCUAUAGAUCAAGAGAAUGCAAUUGGAAUUCAUGAGAAAACUUUGAAUUCAGAAGAUUCAAAUCAUAUUUUAGCUCCACAAUCCCGCCUAUCACUUGGCCUUUCAAGAACAGCAUCGCAUAUAGAAAGGACUAUUAGCAACGCUGUACAUGGUAUAUUAGUGAAAGGAGGGCCAAGUGAAGACACUGGUGCAAUUGAUGAUAAUACUGCCAAUGAAUAUUUGAUAUCACAAUUUAAUGUGGGGGAUGCAUUUCGUCUAAUCGAUAGUCGAAACGCAGCGUCACAAUUACCUUCACAUAGCGAUGAAGAAUCAAAUAUAUAUGAGCCAUCUAUAACUAGUUAUAGAACAAAAUUAAAUCACGAUGAUCAAAGUUCGAGUUUCGAUAAUGGUAUUACUCGUAGAAUAACCGAAAACCAGGACUAUGAUGGUGAUGAUGAUGAUGGUGUGUCAAUAGUUCAGAAAGUCUUCACAAACCACUCAACUGGUAAAGUAGAGUUGCCUCCAGAUGGUGGUUAUGGUUGGGUUUCAGUAUUCUGUGUUACAUUAAUUAUGUUUUCGACUUGGGGCUGUAACUCAAGUUUUGGUAUAUUUUUAUCCUUUUAUUUAUCAAAUGGUACAUUCCCAAAUGCCACAAGGUAUGAUUAUGCUUUAAUUGGUGGUUUGACAGUCUUUCUUGCUCAAUUAUUAAGUCCCUUUGUAAUGAUAUUAAUGAGAACUAUUGGAUAUAAAGUUACAAUGCUAUUUGGUACUGCUCUGAUGUUUUCAGGUUUUCUCCUAGCAUCUUAUGCUACCAAAUUAUGGCAUCUAUAUAUUACACAGGGCUUUCUAAUUGGUGUAUCAAUUUGUUUGAUAUUUAUUCCUGCUACCACAGUCAUCCCAGGUUGGUUUUUAAAGAGAAGAGCUGUCGCUAUGGGGUUUUCAUUAAUGGGUACAGGUUUAGGAGGUGUUGUGUAUGGUUUGGCAACUAAUAAAUUGAUCCAAGAUACUGGCGGAACAGAAUGGGCAUUGAGAUUCUUGGCUAUUUCCACAACUUCGACUGUUCUUCUAGCUAUUUCAUUGAUCAAACAACGUAACCCUCAAAAGGCUAUUGGUAUAAGAUCAUGGAAGAAAAUUCAGAAUGAAUUUAAAACUAUGUUUUCCUUGCGUGUCAUUAAGAAACCAUUUGUUCCUUUGGUAUCAAUUUGGUUUACUGCUGCUAUUUUCGGAUAUAAUUUAAUGGUUUUCACAUUAGCGUCUUACGCAGUUGCAAGAGGUUUAUCACAACACGAUGGUUCCACAUUGACAGCCAUUUUGAACGGUAGUCAAACAGUGGGUAGGCCUGUUAUAGGUCUACUUGGUGACAGAUUCGGUAGGAUGAAUAUAACUAUUAUUUUAAAUAUCUUUCUAAUAAUAUUUAUGUUCGGCUUUUGGAUUCCAGCACAUACUUUCCUUCAAUUGAUAUUCUUUUCCAUUUGUCUAGGAUCCUGUGUUGGUGUUGCUAAUGUUAUGAAUACUGUUUUGAUUGCAGAUAUGACUGCUCCUGCAGAUUUCUUACCUGCUUGGGCAUUUGUCAAUUACUCUGGAUCAGGUUUCUUCUUGGUCGUCGAAGUUAUAGCUCAAGCUCUAGUUAUUAAAGGUAGCAAUCCAUAUAUCCAUACCCAAAUAUUUGCAGGUUUCUGCUUUGUAUUGGCACUGCUUGUUAUGUUCAUACUACGAGAAUACGGGGUACGGAAGAACUUAAAUGAGAAGUAUAAAUAUUCCAAAAAAAUGGACUCUGAUUUAGAUUUAAAAGAAGAAUCUGACACUAAAUCUGGUAAGGUUGAUUCAGAAACUGUAAUUUCUGCAACUACUAGACCCACCCUUGAAAAAGAAGAAAGACUACUAGAGCCUAGUAUCAAGAAUUACUUCCUCAGAGCCAUAUACCCUAUUAAAGUUUAA